AUGGCGCCUCUCAACUUCCUGAUAGCAGGCUUGAACUUCACGCGGGCUGAGACUGUCGGGGCUGGAUUCUAUCGAUUUGUGGCAGACCGCUCUCUGGUCUUGUCCGGCGCGGAAAUCCUCUCUGAGGCCUGGUCAGAGGAAUCAUGGUUGACAAAAGCCUCAGAGUGGCUUUCACGUCCCGAUGUUCUCGCAAUAAUCACCGCUUGGUGGAUCACCUUCUCCAUUGUCAUUACAAUUAUACUGUGCCUUGGGUUUGGGCCUGGAGGGAUUGUUGCAGGUUUGUCAUAUUCGCGUGUCGCUCGUUGGGUGAGCACCGAGGGCUUCUGCAAGCUGACACGUUAG